AUGGCGACAGAGAUGAAGGAGAACAGUGAUGAUGAAGACUUCGUACAGGAACGUGAUAACCGCCGUCGACAACGACUUCCCGAGGGUGGACGUCACAAUCAAUCAAGGGUUGAAAGGCGGGAUCGUUUGGAUGCUGAUGAGUUGAGCCCACCACGAGACUUGGACAGACUUCAUCGUGCUAUGGCCAGGAACAGACGACGAAACCAAACACCUUCAGUGAGUCAAGUGCAAGACCAAUCGCCCCCAGUGAGUCCAGUGCAAGAACAAUCGCCUCCAGUGAGUCCAAUGCAUCAGCAAUCGCCUACAGGAAGUCCAGUGCAUGACCAAUCGCCUCCAAGAAGUCCGGUGUAUGACCAAUCGCCUAAAAAAAGUCCGGUGUAUGACCAAAUUCCUCCAGUGAGUCCAGUAAAUCAGCAAUCGCCUGCAGGAAGUCAACUGCAUGACCAAUCGCCUCCAAGAAGUCCGGUGUAUCACCAAUCGCCUCCAGUGAAAAAUUUUGCCGAGGUCGUUUAA